AUGGACUUUAAAUAUCUGCCCACAAAUUCCACAAUCUGCUCACAAUUAAUUAGCCCCUAAUAGUUUCUUGAGUUUCAUCAUUAACUUAGGAAAUAUAUAUACCAUAUUAACUACGAAUAUUAAUUGAAGGAUAACUGCGGGAAUAUAAUGGCAAAUAUUGGUGGGAUGCAGCGUGGGCCGGUCGCCUCUUUACUUUUGGUGCUGAAUUUCUGCAUGUAUGUUGUGCUCUUGUCCAUCGGCGGAUGGGCUAUGAAUAGAGCCAUUGAUGAAGGCUUCAUAAUUGGUCAAGGACGUAAACUUCCAGCGCGUUUCUCGCCGAUAAGCUUUCCGUUUGGAAAUGCUGCCACCGGAUUCUUCGUCACGUUUUCCAUGAUCGCAGGCGUAGUUGGAGUUGCAUCCGCCAUCGCCGGAAUAUCCCAUAUCCUCGGUGGGAACUCCGAGACUCAGGCUGGUGCUGCUUCUGCUGCUACUAUUGCUUGGACUCUUACUGCCCUUGCCAUGGGGUUUGCUUGGAAAGAGAUUCGGCUUAACAUCAGGAAUUCCAAGCUGAAAACUAUGGAAGCAUUCACGAUCAUGCUGACGGUUACUCAGCUCGCAUACAUAUUGGCCAUUUAUCUCAAGAAAUGAAUAAUCAGAUUUACGAAUAUAUAUGGAGUGAUUUAUUUUAUUUUGUGAACAUUAUUUUUUCCAUUAAUAUUUCAUUGCUUAGUUCAUUAGACUUAUGUCAUUCGGUGAUCCGGUUAUAGUUUGUGAAAAAUAAAAGCAUAUAUAUUGUGUGUUUAUAUGUCCCGAGAAAAAUAACUAUUUAAUUUCCAUUAUAUACAGGGUGUUUCUU